CAUACAACCGCCGCUGAGGGAUAUUUGUAGUGUUGGCAGCAUAUAUAAAUUUAACAAUUCCCUGCAAUAAUCUUGCGCGGGGAAUCUUGGAUCCUGAAGGCACAUCCAAUGUCUCCUUGUCCCUCCGGCUCCCACUGAUCAUUGAGCAUUCCUCUGAACCAUGUUGUCCAAACUCCUUCCCAUUGUCUUAAUUGCAAGCGCUCUUGCAGCGCCUCAAAACCCUCCCACCUAUGCCAAUGAGCCAAAUCGAUGCGAUGCCACUUGCCAAAUCGCCUACCGACAGGUGCUAGCUAUGGAAGAGGAGCGUUGGGUUAACCAAGACAUCACCACUGACCCCUUCUAUUCAACCCCCAAGAAUGUGUCAAAGUAUUCGACUGGAGACAUAUUGAAAUGGGAAAAGAUCCCAGCUGAGCAGGCUUAUCGGCGAUGGACUGUCCCCGCGGGCAUAUCAUUGACCCGUUUCUACUACAUGUCUGAGGAUAUUGAAGGGAAACCCCUUCCAGCGACGGGUAUCGUGCUUAUUCCAUACACCAAUCCCCAGGGGAGUAAGCCAUUCCGUACCGUCGUUUGGACGCACGGGACAGCGGGCGGAACCCGACAAUGUUCACCAUCGAACCAUCGCGCACUACUCUAUGGGUGGACAGCUCCGUUUGCUCUAGCACUCGCAGGCUACGUCGUUAUUGCCCCUGACUAUGCAGGCCAGGGAAGCGAGGCUCAAGGCUUUCAGUACGAGGCUGGUAUCCUUCACGCAGCAGAUGCCAGCUUGAGCGUCCAGGCUGUGCGCAAAGCUCUCGGCAGCAAGAUCACAAAGGAGUGGGUUGUCGUAGGCCACAGCGAAGGCGGAAUGUCUUCUUGGCGCACCAACGAGCGAGAGGCAAAGCCUGUGGCUGUAGGCGGCCUUCUCGGCGCCGUUGCCCUUUCUCCCGGCCUUGUCCCGAGCAGGAUUAUUGGUGAAACAAUCCGCCGUGCCGCAAACGGCGGCCCUGCUGGAGACUUUCUUUCUUCUCUCAUGCUACAAACAGUUUCAAGGAUCUACCCCUCACUCAAAGUUGAGGACUAUGCUUCUGAUAUUCUUCUUGCCCGGAUGCCUCUCGCCGACCAAGGAUGUUUCUACACUUCAGUCUCUCUUUACAGCAACCUGACUAUCAGCCAACUUUACAAGAACACCAGCUGGAUUGAACACCCCGAUUUCAUCAAAUGGGAGAAAGUGUAUAAUGGUGCAGGGCCUCAUAAACUAGCGGCUCCAAUGCUCGUGAUCCAAGGCGCCGAGGAUCCCCUAGUAUAUCCUGACACAUCUGAGGAGGCUUUUAAUGAAACCUGCAAAGCGUUCGCUAGCUCGACGACGGCUGAGUUUAGGCUGUACCCUGGCCUUGGUCACGGUUCUGUUCUUCCUGCUUCACAGCAAUAUUAUCUGUCGUGGAUCGAGGAUCGCUUUAACAAGGUUUCUCUCAAGAAAGGCUGUAGGAAGCUGACUAUGACCCCGGAAACUGACAACUUCUCCCCAGUCAAUGAUGAAUGGGUGGCGGUUUUUUCCUAGACGACUUGACAUAGAUGAAUAACCGGGAAUGAGGCAGUGAAGGAUAACCUGUAUGCCAAGAAACCAAUGUACUUUUGUCAUUCUCUACAUAAUUGAAAUGGAUGGGGUUUCGGUGACUGCAAAUGCCUAAGUUGUAGGCUAGAAGUGUUAUUUGCAGUUGAGAUUUGUGGCUGUGAGCUUAUUCCAUCAGAGAGAACCUAGCCUAGAUCAAUUUCUGAACCUUUCAAAAACCAUCGUACAUGUUGGGCA